AUGGGUUCAAUCGCUGCAAGUAUUCCUAUCGUCAAUGGUGGCUCAAAACCAGACGCACGCUAUCCUCAGCCUUUGAAGCAGAGUGGCACAUUGGAUAAGUUCGAGUCGGAAGAUGUUACUCCUGUCAUUGGUCGAGAAUUUCCAUCUGCGAACUUCGUGGACGACUUCCUCAAUGCCGCAGACUCAGACAAUCUCCUGCGAGACCUUGCUAUCACAAUCAGCGAGCGGGGAGUUGUCUUCUUCCGCGCACAAGACAACCUCUCCAAUGACCUACAAAAGCACUUCAUCCAAAGACUGGGGGAAGUAACUGGCAAGCCAUUGACAUCGACACUACAUAUCCACCACGUGUUGAAUGGCCCUGGGGAGUUUGGCGACGAUUCACAAAUAAGCAACAUCUCGUCGGUCCAUCGCAGGAAGCUCCUCGACGUCUCGAAUCAACAGAACAAGCGACAAUACGACGCGGCCCAGUGGCACAGCGACAUCCAAUUUGAGCGGGUUCCCGCCGAUUACUCCAACCUGAGACUAAUCGAACUCCCCAAGACUGGGGGAGACACGCUCUGGGCAUCUGGUUACGAAAUCUAUGAACGCUUCAGCGAGCCCGUCCAGACAUUCCUGGAAGGCCUGACGGGCUACUUUCUGUCGGCGAUGGAUUUAUCAAAGCUGCCGAGGCAGGGCGAGCAACACUGUACACGGAAGCUCGAGGCUCCCCUGAAAAUAUAG